AUGAACAUUGCACUGGCCAUGAAUAGUUCAACCAACACAACUCUCAAAGAGUCACGACAGAGCGACAACCAACAUAUUUUCGCAGAAGUUAUUCCCAUAGCAAGUUUGAUCGUCCUUACGAAUGGAGUUGUUUUUCUUCUCUUCUACAAAACGAAAAGCUUACGUACCCCAGCAAACUACCUGCUACUUAGCUUAGCCAUAAGCGACUUAGUGACAGGGUUGAUAAAUAUCCCUCUGUUUAUUGCUCAAACUUUAAACUCAGGUGACUAUCGGAUUCUAUGUGCUUCAAUGCUCUUGCACAAUGUGGCCUCAUUUUCAAUAGCCUAUCAUAUAACCGUCAUUACAGCAGAAAAAUAUCUUGCAGUAGUCAAUCCGUUUGGUCGUAACAUGAUGAGUAAAAAGACAGUUUCCAAGACUGUGAGUAUGGUUUGGCUUUGGUCGGCAUUACUUGGAACACUUCCUUCCUUUUGGUUCGAAAAAUGGUCGCUAUCUCGUGAACCUUCCGCCUUAUACUUUUACGUUGGAUACAACAUUUUCUGCCUCGUCUUCGUGUUUUUGGUGCCGUUUAUGUUUAUGCUUUAUGCGUACUGCGUCAUGUUCAGAGCUAUUUGGAAAUCCUUACAGAGAAGAGAUUCUCGAACCUCGAAGAAGUCUACCAACGAGAAAAAGUGCCUGAUAAUUCUGUUGACAAUGGCAGUCACCUUUGCCAUCUGUUGGCUACCAUUGUUUACAAUGUUCUUAAUAUAUUCUUUCAGUAACGUUGGAUGGAUUAAUACCGCGUCUCACCCCGCCAUGAAACACGCUGCGCAAACGUUUACUAUCAUCCGAUAUCUUAGCUCUGCGAUCGACCCUUUGUUGUACACCUUCUUUAAGCAAGAUUUUUGGAAUGCUUUUCGUGUUGUUUUCUUGAAUGAGCGCCAACCGAGAACUCUCCGGCCAGCAGUGAUCAGAAUGACCUGA